AUGAACCCCUUCGCCUGGUACCCGCCGCCCCCUCCGGGGCUCCCCCCGCCCGGGCUCCCCCCACCCCUUUUCUGUCCUCCGCCCCAUUGGGAGCCUGGCUUCUGGGCUCCCACCGGGCCCUACCCGCCACCCAACAGCUACCCUCCUCCUGAUAGCUACCCGCCGCCCAACAGCUACCCGCCCGCCGAGAACUACUCGCAGCCCAAGGGCUACUCCCAACCCGCCGACAGCUACUCUCAGCCCGCCGAGAAUUACCCGCCCGCCGACAGCUACUCUCAGCCCGCCGACAGCUACCCGCCCGCCGACAGCUACUCUCAGCCCGCCGAGAAUUACCCGCCUGCCGAUAGCUACUCGCCUGCCGAGAACUACCUGCCUCCUGACAGCUACAUGCCACCCGCUGCCUGGUACCCGCCAGCCUACAGAGAGCGACUAAAGGACGCGCAUGGUGGUGGAAAUGGCAGUUUCUCCCAGAAAUGGCAAGCCGAACAAGCACCUGGGUUUAAUAAACGCUUUCCAGAAGAAAAUAACAAGCCAAAGACCAAAAAGAAAAAAGAGCCAGUUUUCUCUCAUUAUUGUGAUACCUGUGACCGUGGCUAUAAAAACCAGGAGAAGUAUGAUGAACAUAUUUCACAGCAUAAACAGUGCACAGAAGAAGGUUGCAAUUUCAGCGCACAUGAGAAGAUAGUUCAGAUACACUGGAAGAACGCACAUGCACCUGGUGCUAAAAGAAUAAAAUUAGAUAGUCCAGAAGAGAUUGCUAGAUGGCGAGAAGAAAGAAAAAAAAAUUUCCCUACAUUGGCAAAUAUUGAGAGGAAGAAGGCAAUGCAGAUGCAGAAGGAAGAAAGGGGAGAAGUGCUGACUACCCAACAGUUUGGCAAAAUGAAGGGGAUGUGGAAACCUCCAGAAAAUGGAGAGAGGCUUGGGCAGCAAGGAAGACAGAGGAGAAGACAAAGACGCCCAUUCUGGAAGAAAUUUAGGAAAAAUGGUGACGAUUAUAAUGUACAUGGAACUCAAAAUGAAGCCAAUGGACUAGAAAACAGCAUGUGUGAAAAGGAACAUGAAAACCAGCGUGUUUUGGCAGCUCAGCCAUACUUGAAGGACAUGGACCCUCUUGGUCUUCUGGCAAACAGUGAUGUUGAAUCUGAAAAGGACGAAGCAGCAGCUGAAGACGUGAGGAUAGGAGUGACUGUUGUUCCCAAGCAGGUCACCUCUGCUCUGAGUUCGUUGUUGGCCAACUACGGCAGCGCAUCCGACAGCGAGCCUGAAGAAAUCCCUGUCAAGUCUGCAACAAAAGCUGAGAAAGACGAGGCUGCGCUCAGAAAUACACCCCAAACUGCUCAUGUUUCUUGGAGUCAAAACCUGAAUCAAAAACGUCCAGAAUAUGCAGGCACAACAUUGAGAAGCUCGAAUUCAAAUGCACGUCCCCCCAGAGGGCCUGGUAAUUGGGGCAAGAAAACAUUACCUCUUCUUCCAAAGCGCCGUCCAACUCUGCUGGAAAUGUUACUGGCCCAGGACAUCCGACACGAAAGGAAUGUGAUUUUGCAGUGUGUUCGAUAUCUCGUCCGAAAUAAUGUGUUUGGACUUCAUUUUACAACAGAACCACAAGCUGAAACAGAGACUGAACAGUCCUCAGCAACUACAGCAGAGCCUUUGAUGGACAAACUCGAUGAAUCUAAUUGUUCUUAUAGCUCUGACCUUCAGUUAGCAGGAGGAAAAGAUGAUGAUGCAUUAUUAAUAGCCCAGGGUGAGAAAGCACCCAUGGAUCAGACUUCACAGAUGGCUCACUUGGCAGAUGAGGACACGUGGGAAACCCCAUCAAUUCAGUGUGAAGAAGCACUGUAGAGAAUGUCUGUUGUGGACAAUAAAGCAAAGGCUCACAUUUUCUAUCAGACUGAUGCUUUUUGAAAGACAUCAGUAUAGCAAAAUAAUCAUUAAAGUACAUGCUGAGAGCUGUUAAAACCAUUUUUGUGAUCUGUUCUGCCCAAGGUGGCCAUUUCCUUGUGAAAACAGUAUCCACAUUGAGUAAUUGCAUUUCUCCGUGGCCAAAAAGCAGCAGUGCCACAGAGUAUGACCUUCCCUAGAGCAGGUCACUUUUAAGCUUCAGAGCUCUGAAUGUUUUAACACAUUAUGAAGUGUGUGUCAGUUGAUCACCAGAGCCAUGUAGUGCUGUGGUAGGAUGGAUCUUCCUCAUGUGAAAUCCUGCUCUGGCAUGUCUGGGAGUAUCUGAGUGUCCAGAAGUAUUUCAGUGUGCUUUUGAAAUGGUAAUUCAGUGCACAUGGUUUUUUUUUCCCCAGUUGUUCCUGAUAUCCAGUAUAAAUGUAAUAUAUCCAGUAUAAAAUGAGGAAGUGAAAUGGAAGCUAUAACUGACCCGGCUCUAAAAGUACUGCUUGCACCAGGAGUUUUCUCUCGGAACUAAGUUGUUCAGCAGAGAAACGGAAAUGAGGGCACAAACUGAUGCAAGAAGCCUUUUUUAAAAAAAAGUUGAAGAUACAGUAACUGCUUGCAUCAGUGCCAUUGCUGGUUGACCUCAGGUACGAAUAUUAAAAUUUAGGCCUUAACAGCUAUUAACAGUCAUUGCCUGACAAAUCUAACUAUUGAAGCAAACUCUUAGUAUUAAGAAUAUUAUCAAAGUUUAGAAAGCUUACUAAGAGUAAUUGGUUUGUCCCUUUUUAAUAUGCAUUAGGAAUUUAUUAGUUGGCCUGGAAUAAUUUCUUCCUUGGUAUGUUGUUACAAUGCUUAUUACAGCAUCCAGUGAUUUUUUUUUUUUUUAAUAGAUUUUUGCAUAUAUCCGUGUAGUCUUGUGACUUUAAAAAAGCAUCAGCCAAGGUUUAGAAACAAGCUUAGUCUUUUCAUUACUUUGUACAUUUGUCUGUCAGAAUCCUUCUUGUCAAGGGCAGGUGUUAGUUUCUCAUAUUGACACUGAGAACAUGCCAUGAAAUAAUCUAUCGAAAAUUCCACUUCAGAAUCUGCUCUUUGUCUUUUAGUCAUAGUUCAGUGUUGGAGUUAAAUCUCAGGGACUGAUUUUUUGUUGUUGUUGUUGGUUUUUGGUAGAAGUAUAGCCUUCCAUUCCACCUUCUAAAAUAUGGAAACUCACAUGGAUUUAUUUUGUUGCCGAAUAAGUGUAUUUUUCCUCUAGUUCCCUUAACUUGUGCCAUGUAUCUCAUUUGUGGUGCACAGCAAACAAGAAAUAGUUGAAAAUUCUGUCCCACUGCUCUGCUAUUUAUAGCUACGACUGCAUAUUGUGUUUGUAAUGCACUGUCUAAAUUUAUGGAAUUAUAUAAAUAUCAACACCCUUGUAAAAGUUGCAUGUCUCAAGAAUAUAUGUGCAGAAUAGAAGCAGUGAUCAUAAACAUUUAUAUUUCCAAGGCAGAUGAUUCAUUCUUCCCAUGAUGAUCCCACGAGCCAUCUCAAAUCUCACUGAGUUGCUUAUGGCUCUUACAGUUUCACUGCGAUCAAAAUACCAGCAAAGGACUCUAAGCCACAGAGAUCUGGCACUCGGGCAGAACCUGAUUUCAGAGUUGAGUGGUACCGGUGCUGUUGAAAGCAUGGGUAACAGCUGCAGGAAAAGACAGAAAUGUCUUAGGAUUGCUACUAAAUUGCACUUUAAAAAACUUAACAUGCUUCUGUCAAGUUGAUGGCAGAGCUUUCUUUGACUGUACUCUGACCUUGUGUUUAAAAAAACCACCUGAAAACAAACCUUUAAUCUGAAUUCUUUAUACUAUUGUCAUUAUGGACUUAAGAAUAUUAAACUUUCACA